CAUCAUCAAGUACAAACUCAUCAUCCUCUUCUUCUUCUUUUCAACACUUCCUUCCCACUACUCAUGUAACCACCACAUCAUUGACAAUUGCAUCCUGCAAAGACAUAGAGUCUUUUCCUUCGGAGGCGAUGGAAGGCUUGACUUCUAUCCGAAUUUUACAAAUUUCAGAUUGUUGGGAUUUGAAAUCAUUGCAUCCUCAAGCAGUGAAGCAAUACCUCGCCGAUCUUGAAGAGCUUCAAAUUGAGUCUUGUCAAAUCUUUCAUUCGUUGGAGGGCAUCGGAGGUCUUUCUGCCCUAAAAGCUUUGAGGAUUAGGGAUCUGCCCAAAUUGGUUGCAUUUCCAGAGGAGCUUGGAGACCUCAAAUCCCUUCGGAAACUUCACAUUGAAAAUUGUCGUAAUCUAUCAUCACUACCUCAAGGUAUGCGUCGUCUGUCAGACCUCAAAUCCACAACAUCAGACUUCCUCUUCUACCUCUGGACCAAUUGAUGAUUCUUGGCACAUGGCACAUGUAGAGAGAGCAACCAAGUUGUGGAUAUUCUUGCAACUUUGAUGUGACAAGAAAGAAAAUUGUUUU